AUGGCUGGUUUCCUACGCAAGAAAUCCAAAGUUGAAUCUUCAGUCAAGCCUAAAUCACCCUCUGCUCGGCCUAUCGAAUCGACCACCAGCAGUCCACCGUCGACACCGUUGUUCGCGAGAUACGCGAUAGGCCAGGCCAAUGAGGGUGACCCUCACUCCGAUCCAAAGAAACUCGUGGUUUCUUCUCCGAUGACUCUUUCGUCGUGGAGAGAAUCCGUUUCGACAACUAAACACAACGGUUCUGCUGACCAGCCUAUGCAAUAUGCGGCUAUUGGACGAGACGGUAACGGGACGACACGAGUUUCGAAUUCUCAUGGGCCAGAGAAGAUUACGCGAAUAUCGCGAUCCGUAUCUGCGCAGUCGCCGGGAAGUGCUCACAACAACUCAUCUCCGACGCAGACAUUCUCACCUCGGACUUCGAACAUAGAAAAACCUCUUCCUCAAAUUCUUCCGGCUGGAUUGGCUUCACAACAUUCUCCCCUCAAUCGCCUCGACAAUGCCUCACCAUCUACCGCUAGCCCGGUCGCGACCUCACCCCGAAAAAUGCUAGGUUUGGCCAAUCUUCAGCAGACGAAACCCCAAUACAGUAACGCAGGAACACUCAACUCGCCUGUUACCCCACAUAAUUCCGAAAAUGCCGGUCACAUUCCUCGCAAAUCAUCGGCGAAGGAUUUACGGCACAAACACUCCGAUAGGCUUCCAUCACAUAACAUUAACAAUGAUUUUGACGACCAUAAUGGUGCUUCGUUGGCCCCUUUAUCACCACCGUCAGCGUCUGGGCAGCUUCCUCAGGAUCAAUCGACUUCAAACGAUAUUACUUCCCCGGACGACUUUAACGUAUGGCUACAUUCGCAGUCUUUCAUGGACGCACAGACAUUACCAGACUCACAAGGAAUAUCCUCACCCUCAUUCCCUGGGAAACCAUUACCGCGGACUGCCGCAGGUGGUGAAUCUGUCAAUUCUUCCCAGCCUGCUUCUUUUCUUCCAAUGCGUGGCAAACCACUCAUAUUCUCCGCCAUGGCACCUGUGAAUGCAGAGCCCCCUUCUCCUCCGAUGAAGCCAAUAAUAAAUACCUUUGGCCCUAAUCACCUUGAUGCCUCUACAUCGUACCCAUCCCCUCCCUCUGAAUAUAAUGCGUCAAUCCAAACUCACCGAAGUCCUCAACAAUCUCACGCUCAGUCGUCUUUUCCGCAAAACCUUCACAAAGGGCACGAAAAUGAUUUUCCCCGCAGACAAUCGUUACUUUCUUCUCGUAGUCGCCCACCAGCUACUUUUAAUCCAUUAGAAAACCCUCCACAACGGACAAUGCACAAAACCCAAUCACAGGUAUCCUCGCAAAGCCCUCGCAAAACCAGCUUGACAGGUCGCCCACCUGAAGCGCCAUCUCCUCGCACGUUAACGAAACCCAGACCGACAACACCGACGAAACGUCCCACCACUCCAAAACACCGUCCACUUACCCCGGUUUCUCCUGAUGGAGCAAAACGGAAAGCGGAGGCUAGUCCAGACAGGAAUAACAAGGGAAUGUUCUCAGAUCCUCUCAUUGACGAUGAUCCGUUUGCGAAAACACAGGGAGUGAAAAUGCUGGAACCUUCGUUAACUCCGCGACUCGAUGAUGCCGUAGUGCCGGAAUCAAUUUUACAAUCCAUGUCACCGUCUAUGCCUUCAAAUUCUUCCCGAGAUGCCCUUAUUCAACAUAACGAUUCGAUCUCCUUCAAGGAUGCGUCGCAACUCACCCGACCAUCUACGGGCCAAAGCUCAACUGGCAAAGCGCAGGAAAACAAGGAUGGUACUGAGGAAGAAGCGGUAAACAACGAGACGACUCGUACCAUGACCCCUCCACCAUCUUCAGGCAUACUUCACGAUGGCACUCCUCCCUCUCCAGCUUCUGCGGAAAGAUAUCGAAGCGCUCGAACAAAGAGGCGCGGGGAUCAUCUCCCCCGGGAAGUGCCAAUUGAAGUGAAAAAUCUACCCGUAAGAGAAGAUCGACCUGCAGAACCGUUUCCCUUGCCAUUGUUUCUCACAGAUCCCGCCUUGUUGUCGUCACUACUGUCCUAUCUUUGUUUCUAUGAAUGGUGCACGCUGCUGUCCCUUUCUAAAGGUAUUCGUUCAACACUCCUGGAGACUCCGCAGUUGAAGGAGACAGUAUUGGAACGGUAUCUCGAUACCGUGGGGUAUUCUCGCUGGGUAUGGCCUGACGCGGAGCCUCUUACGCUGAGUAUUGGGGACCUUCAUAAUUACAUGAGGGGUGUAUCCCUGCCGACACAUGAAUAUGCUCGAGUAUCCGAACUAGUGCUAAAAUUCAGGUCUGGGCAGUCUCCGCAAACGGAUGAAACUGUGUUGGAGAAUGAGCAGGAUUUGGUUCAAUGCACUAGAGCUUACAACCGUGUUCUUUUACGUUUGAGGGCCCAGGCCGAAAAGGAAUUAAGCAGUCCUUCUCAAAUGUCGCCCUCCAGCUUCAGAGAUUCCGUUAGGUCACCGAAGAUGUAUGCUGCUUCCCAGCCUUCUAGUCGAGCGCCCUCCCCGACCAGGUCCUCCCUUUCCCAUUCACAUGGAAAUACUCCUAAUCCGCCUCCUCUUACAACUGUCAGUGUGCCCAGUUCAGCAGGUCGCUCACCUCUAUUUAAACUGAGGCGAGCCCCUUUACUUCGGGUUUUCGUUACAUCUCCCGAAGGAGAUUGGCUCUCGGAUAACAGCGUUCUAGAGUGCGAAGCUGAAUUAGAUCGUGCCGGUAUCCGCGACUUGAUUCGUUUUGGGGACGUCGUUUGGGAUAUCGCCGUAGGAGAUGAGGGUAACGUUGGCCGUAUGAUUUGGGAUGGAAGAUAUCUGCUUGACCUGGAUUAUACUUACUCCGCUGUAGGAGACCUUCCAAAGUACCUUCCGGCUCUUGCGUUCCCCCCUUCGUAUUUUCACCGAGUUAUUCGUACUGGCCCUUCAACCAGUAACCCUGUUGUGAGGAUGGACCUGUCCCCUUGGGGUACGGAAAUUGCUGCGAACUUGCAAUUGCUUCAGGAUAGAGUACGGACUGAAACACCGCAAGGAGCUUACCAUAAUGUUGUCCGGUGGGUUCACCGGUCAUCCUUCGUGAUCCGGCCUCCCGUUGGCGGUGGAGCAUCUCAUUCUCAUGGCAAGCGAAGUGCCUCCCGUUCCCGUCCCACUCGUAUACCCAUUCCAGAUACAAAACACCUAUUUGUUGAUCCGGGGUGGUAUGGGACUAUCGUAGUGGAAACAGAAGGUACAAACGAAUCCCUUGCUGACCUUCAACACCGGUGUGGGCCCGGCGCGUUUCCACCUAGAGCUGCUGGAACUGCAAGUUCUAGUACGGCAAGUGGGAAGGAAAGAGAGAAGGAUGCUAAGAUGGUGUAUAGAAUUUUGCGCGAACGGAGCCGGCCUGGAGAAAUAUGGGUUCGAGCUGCGAGUGCGAAAGAACGGUUGAUGUAA